AGUAAACUCACAGCCAUGUCAGUUACCACUGGCUGCUUCUGAUGCACUCACACUACUGAUUCACACACUGAAAAAUCACUGCAGUGGAAACUGGACCGCAGCAAGAGGAUAAUAACCCUUUCCUCCUCCUCUGAAAAAACACCAUGAAACAAGCUAUGGAGGAUGUCAGUGAAGUGCUGUCCAGUGUGGUGAAGGAUGUUGAUCAAGCUGUCAGCAGCAACAUUAAUGGUGCUCAGCUUCUGCAUGAACUACUGAGCGCACCGUGGCUUCAUGCCCUGUUGAAGAUUUAUGAGUGCCUGUUAAAGUUCCAGAGACUGACACCAAGCCCUGUUUUGCCCUAUGCUUCAGGACUCUCAUAUGAGAUCAUGACUGUAAUACAUAAAGCUCACCGUCCUUCAGCUGAAGCUAGAGAGCUGUGCAGCCUCCUCAGCUUACCUGAUAUCCAGGCUCUUCUGUCGUCCCAUGAUAGUGUUGCACAGGCAGACUAUGAACCUGUCUUACCCCCUCUCCCUGAUGAAUUGCCAGAGGAUGAGGAGGCCAUGAGGAUCGUAUGUCUUGUCAAGAACAACCAGCCAUUGGGUGCCACCAUCAGGAAGGAUGAAGUGACAGGAGAUAUCUACAUCGCCCGGGUGAUUCAUGGAGGACUGGCUGACCGUAGCGGACUCCUGCAUCCCGGUGAUCUGUUAGUGGAGGUGAAUGGAAACCCAGUGGUGGGCCUGGACCCAGAGCAGGUCAUCCACAUACUGGCCAAUUCCCAAGGCACUAUCCUGUUUAAAGUCAUUCCAAAUCCAUCUCAGGUCAGCAGCAGCCAGGCACCGGUAUGUAUGAGGGCAAUGGUGGACUACAGCCCUCUGCAGGACUCCUCCAUCCCAUGUCCAGAUGCAGGAAUGGCCUUCAGCAGAGGAGACCUUCUUCAGGUAGUCGACCAGUCAGAUGGACAGUGGUGGCAGGCCAGGAAACUGCCAUGUGCUACAUUCUGCGCUGGUCUGAUUCCCUCUGCCAGCAUGCUGAAGAGUAAACAGAGGGAACAGUGGUGGUGCCAGCCACUACAGGUUCAUACCUGCAUCAGACCACUGACCCUGGCUGCUAAUGAGAACGAUCCUGGACAUUCUGAUGAGAAGCACGCAGUAACAGAUCUGGAGGAAAUAAAUUUUGAUGAGCCUGAAUCUGAUAUUACUGAUGGAAUCUACCUGGCCGGCUUCCGUCGGAGCUUCCGUGUCUGGAAGAGGACUUCCUACAGGAAGCGACGACAGUCCUGCACCACCUGCUCCCCCAACAGCAAUGCUUUGUCCACCCCGUAUGAGGAAGUAGUUUUGUACCAGCGCCCCCCACAGGAGAACCACCGCCUCAUCAUCCUCGUCGGUGCUUCAGGAGUUGGAGUAAAUGAACUGAGGAAGAGACUCAUCAAACUGAAUCCUUCGACCUUUCAGGGACCUGUGCCUCACACCACUCGGCCAAUCAGAGCAGGGGAGCAGACGGGCAGGGAGUAUCACUUUGUUACCAAAGAGCUGUUUGAGUACAUGGUCUGCAACCACAGGUUUGUGGAGUAUGGGGAGAGUAAAGGUCAGCUGUAUGGGAUUAGCACUGAUGCCAUUGAUGAGGUGCUGAAACGGGGGCGGAUGUGCAUCAUUGAUGCUGAGCCACAUAGCAUCCAGUUGUUGCGAACAAAGAAAUUUAAACCCUAUGUGAUUUUUAUCAAACCACCCAGCCCAGAAAGACUCAGACAAACCCGGAGAGAUGCUCGAAUCAUCACCAACUAUGCCAUCAACAGAGUUUUCACAGAGGAAGACUUUGUGGAGCUUGAAGAAACAUCACAGCUGAUUGAAGCAAAGUACAAGCAGUUUUUUGACAGCGUGCUGGUGAACUGUGACCUACAGGAUACCUGCAUACAGCUCUGCUCCAUCAUUCAACAGGCACAGGAUGAACCACAGUGGAUACCUGUCAGCUGGGGCCGAGCAGAGGAUUAGCACAAGGAAAAUAAACUUCAGAAGAUGGGAAAUGUUGGAAGGGAAUGACAAUAUGUAAGGAGAAAUAAGGAGAACAUGUGUUAAAGAACUGGUGAAAUUAUCAGAGCAGAGAAUAAGGAUAAUGUCAUGAGAUUAUAAUAUGACAUGUUUUUAACAGACAAAAGUUUGACAUCAGCUGGUUGAUGAGCCAAGUAACAGUUUGUUAUCUUCUGUUAAAUGCUGCAAUUCAAAGAGAUUUCUUAGAAUCGAUCCCAGUUUUGAUGCUGGGGUUUUUUUUCAUAGCUGUUUGAUGUAUUUACUUUCAGUCAUCGCCUCGCUAUCUUUGAUGUAAUGCUGUCCAGGCAGAUGAGUAUAUUGUGGCUUCAAGGAUAAAUAGGCUUCAUUUUUCAUUUAAAAUGUAUAUCAUGUGGAACGUAAUUAAGUACAUUUAAAAGCUACUUGCACUUUAUUUGACCAUUUUCAAAUUGGUCACCUUUAUGCUUUCAAAGGGAGAGCACGUUUUAUGCUACUACAUUCACUUGAUGUCUUUAGUAACUGUUUUAGUAGCUGAUAGAACAUGAAAUGUAGAUCAAGAAACAAUAACAAAUGAACUUUAACUGUGACACGGCAAAAAGAAUACACACACUGAGAAUAUCUAAAAGAUACCUCAUAUGUAGAUGUUGCAGAGAUGUCUGUACUACAGUACUGCAGAAUAACCUACAUCCAAAUUACACUGUAUCUACAAUGUGCUCAUAGGUUCAUCAAGUUCUAAUGUUUUAAGGGGGACGUGCAGUCAGUACAAUUGCAUUUAUUUGUGAUUAGCCUUUAUUGAUGAAUAGUGGACCACUGAGCAAGAAAAAAAAUAUAUUGUGUGGCUGAUUUCAUUUACAAAUAUUGGGUCAGAACAUAAAAAAAAUUUUAAAAAUGUAAUAUACAAAGUUUUAUUAAGGUUGCACAAAUGUUUCCCCACAUCAGUUUAUUUUGGUGCCAUUGCAUUUGCAUGCACAUGAUACAAUAAAGUAAUUAAAACUCAAAAUGUCAGUUUAAUUAUGGAGACUGGAGUAAAGUUUAGUCACAUUAUGUUUGCAUGAAAACAUGAUAGUUUAUCGCCUGUUUAU